GCUUUGACACUUGUUUGACACAAUCACAAUAAUUGUUAAUUGUUAAGUAUGGCUAUUGUAAAGAUUGUAAAUUAAAUUUGUUCUCAGCUUGUUCUCAGUCAGUUGUCAGUUCUCAGCGUCCUCAGUUUUCAGUUGUUCUUUCGCUUUUAGCUGUUUGCUGUUAUUUUUGUGUAUAUCCAUUAAAUAAAUAAAAUUAAAUAAUGGAUAAAUUUAGACAAAUGGAAGAUGAAAUGAGCAGAUUCGAAGCAGAGAUAGCCGGACAAUCCGUUAUGAGCGCGUAUGGCCCCACGUAUAUACCAGGAUUCGGUAAUAUUCCUCCACCGCCACAACCACCUAUGUUAGUUCCCCAUCAAGUGGGUAAAAAGUUGUAUACCGGACAAUCUGUUAUAAGUCAGCCCGCUGUUGUCUCAGCAAAGCCAACUAUUUAUCAUGGUAAUAUUCUAUUUCAAUUAAAAGUAAUUUUUACAUUUCAUUGUAUCUCUAAUUUUUUAGCUACAGUUCCAAAGCCAGCUCCACAAACUCCCAGUGCUCCUACACCAACUCAACAAGCAGCAGUGGAUUUUCUCGCACUUCAGUCAGAAGUUGAAAAGAAACUGAAGAAGCUUAAAAAUGAAAAAGUCAGUGCCGAACUUGCUAUUUCACAAGGUAAGGCAAGUAGUGCUUUACAAUCAUUUGGUCCAGAAGACUAUAAAAGGAGAGGUACGAAAAAUAGAAAAUUAAUUAGGACAGCAGGCGGACAAACAUGGGAAGAUUGUUCUUUAGCUGAUUGGCCAGAUGAUGAUUUUAGGAUAUUUUGUGGUGAUUUGGGUAACGAUGUCACAGAUGAACUGUUAACAAGGACAUUUAAUAAAUUUCCAUCUUUUCAAAGAGCAAAAGUUAUAAGAGAUAAGAGAACGAAUAAGACAAAAGGUUACGGAUUUGUAAGCUUUAAAGAUCCAGCGGAUUUCACAAAAGCCAUGAAAGAAAUGAAUGGGCGAUAUGUUGGUAGCCGACCAAUCAAACUACGUAAAAGUUCUUGGAGAAACAGAUGCAUAGACGUAGUGAAGAAGAAAGAAAAGGAAAAGGCAGCUUUGAUUAAUUUAUUAACUUCAAACAGUGGACGAUGAACGAAUCAUGUGUAGUGUGUUAAUUGGCAAAAAAUGGCUUUUUUGAAAUGUACUGUUAUAAGUCUUUAUUUCAAAAUGUAUUGUAUUAAUCAAAUAAAAAGUAAACAGUUUAUAUAUUAAAUAUA